UCCACUGAAGACGACAAAAUACUAAGGAACCUUAAAAUAAGAAAGUGAGGAUCUGCGUCAAAGUAGCUAGAGACUAUCAUCAACAUGGCAACAACGAUGAAGCUGGUCAUCUCACUGUGUCUUCUGUCAGUAUCAUGUAUUGGCCUCUCAGAAGCCUUCAAAUUGAGUGUCAACGAGCAUCUCAUCAAGUCUUGUCCUGGAUACAUGGAGAAGAAACAAGGCGAAGGUUACCGUUGCGACUCCGAGGUCAUCGACCACGUCCACGACUACGCCGAACAGUUUGAGAUGGCAGGUUACAACGGUGACAUCGUUGAAGACUACCUCGACAUGGCGAAUGGUGGCGGCAUUUGCUACAUGAAAGAUUCCAAAAUAGAGAUUGUAAAAGGAGACUGUGCAGCUAUGGAGCUGGUUUGCAGUGAAUAUGAACCUCAGGUCGUCGAUUUCUGCUCCAAACUCAGGAAACAACAAUCAAUGGCAACGACAGCACCCACCACUACAACGGAGCCUGCCACCGAGGGGGCAGAGAGACCAGAGAUCGAGUUCCCCACUCCAGCCGGACGGGCUAAAGCCUUCCAGUAGAGCCACUUAUUCCCUCAUCAAUCUUUCCGGGAUGUAUCGUCUUUGAAUAGCAAGAUCCUGACUGGCAAAUGUCUUGCGUGCAUUUGUGUGCGAAUUCUUUACGUUCAUAGUUUAUUUAACAAUAUUGUUUUCAUUUUUGGUGUUUUAUAAGAUACUGCAGUAGAGCAUUAUUUGCUUGGAUACUCUUAUUCGCAAUGUUCAUAUAAUUAGUGUUUGAAAAUGAUGUAUUUUUGUAUAUUUUGGUUUUGAACGAAAUCGGCAUUAAAAGGUUACCAAGUUU